AUGGCAAAUGUUCGCCCACAUGAGCCCUUAAAAUUGUACAUCGCGGCGUCUAUAAACACAAUUGGGUGUAUGUUAGCCCAAGAUGAUGAAAAUGGGCAUGAACGAGCUAUUUAUUACCUUAGUCGAGUUUUAACUGAAAUUGAAACAAGGUAUUCCCCGAUAGAGAAAUUAUGCUUGUCUUUAUACUAUGCCUGUAUGAAAUUAAAAUGUUAUAUGGUGGCUAAAUCGGUUAAAGUUAUAGCACAAACUGAUAUCAUCAAAUAUAUGUUAAGUUUCCCAAUGUUACGGGGACGUUUAGGGAAAUGGAUGCUAGCUUUGACUGAGUUUGAUUUACAAUAUGUCUCGCCCAAAGUUGUGAAAGAUCAGGUCAUUGCAGAUUUUCUUGUCGAUAAUUCGAAUAAGUUGAAUGACCAGCGGGCAAAUGUGAUUGACAUUGAAGUCGAUUAUUGGAAGUUAUAUUUUGAUGGAUCGAAGCACAAAGAUGGUGCAGGGGUUGGAAUUCUUAUUUUCUCACCAGAGGGGAUUCCAUCUGAAUUCUCGUUUAAAUUAAAAGAUUCUUGUUCAAAUAAUGUGGAGGAGUACGAAGCUUUGAUUCUGGGUCUCGAAAUAUUAAUUAGUAAAGGGGCUUUGGAAGUCCAGAUAUUAGGGGAUUCUCAGUUGGUUUUGAAGCAGUUAUCAAAGGAUUUUAAAUGCAAUAAUGAGAAGUUGCAAAAGUAUUUAACAACUUCUUGGGAGUUGUUAACCUCCUUUCCAAAAGUUUCUUUGGUUCACAUCCCAGGGAUUCAUAAUGAAAUUGCAAAUGAAUUAGCCUAA